AUGGAAUCGUCCGAUGAGGCAACUUUGCUGAAUGGAGAUGGAACAUUUGAACCUGCUACAGCCUCUUCUGCAGCCACCAUGAACAUUUCUUCUCAUCGAGGCCCUCCGCAAAGCUGCAUUACUAAUAGCGGUGACGGUUCUGAUGCCUGCGCUGAUUUUGUUCCCAUCACCAUUGCAGGUAACAAUAGUGGAAGUCUCCUUACCUCGACCACUGCCGUUACCACUCAUUCUCCUCUGCAAAAGGCUCCCAAAAGGACAGGUAUUAGCCUUCUUCGUGUCCGGCAUCCUGUUUCACCAGGACUGACUGGCUCUUCGAUCCCUUCUGCGACUGUGCCUGCUAUAUCUGAAGUCUGUAUUCCACCAGCGUCUAUCGGCUCUUUAGCAGGGUUUUCCUGUGAACUUGAUCAUAUCGGGAGUUUACAAUCGACUAGUUAUGAAUGGCCAAUUCAACUCGAUGGUUUUUUGGUUAAAGCCAUGGCAGCCAGUGCAAGCACUCUACUCAGACCUGAUGGAGUUCUUCACCAGGAUACCGUUGAUCAAGUUUCAAGGCACAUCGAUUCUGCUGAGUAUCUUCCUGAUGUAUUAUUUCUUGUUAAUGCACUAGAGCCCGGUAGGUUUUAA